CAUCCCCCUCACCUCGUCGCUCUCCCCGCGCUCCUGGCUCCUCUGCCAUGCUCAUUCACUCUCUCACUCCCUCUCUCCGCGCCUGUCUCGUCCUGCCCUGUGCAUUUUCUCCCCAUGCCUGUUCGCGUCUUCUCGCGCAGCAGGGACAACACGGAAUGACCAAAUAAACGUCGCGUGGGCAAGAAAGCAGCAGUUCGGCUAUUCCUUACAUCUUACGUUAAGGACUUUCACGUUUCCCGGUGUUUUUCCCUACUUUCUCUGUCUUCGUGUCCGGUAGUAACACAGCAGUCUUUGCUCAUCUUAGUCUCGCAGUUCUUGCAGGCUGUUUUAUUAACUACCUCAUCUGCUUUUAAGCUGUUUUCGGCUCCUUUUGGCUAAGAAGUAGAAGAUAUGCAAGCGUAAAGUUAAAAAGUCUGUGGUUUACAAGCGACAUAGAAGAGCACUGUGUUACAUCCUCUGAACUACUUGGAAGUCAAUUGGGACCUACUGGCAAGCCGAUGUGACAGUGCAGCGUCAGUGCUCCUUCUCUUCAUCUCAUCACAAUCGAAUUCCUUGACGGAGAAUCGGCUACGUCGUCAGUCCGGGCGAAGUUUCAAGGUUGGGCUUCGGCCUCGGGUUUCCCUCUGAGGCGAGGCGGCGCAGGAGACCCGGUGUUGCGGAGGCAUGGACUGCAAUUGUGUGAGUGAUCUGCUGCUCACGCCCCCGGUCCCAGCGCUCUGGACGCCAGGCUUCGCUUUCCCAGACUGGGCCUACAAGCCGGAGUCGAGCCCAGGCUCGCGGCAGAUCCAGCUCUGGCACUUCAUCCUGGAACUGCUGCAGAAGGAGGAGUACCAGGGGGUGAUCGCCUGGCAGGGGGACUACGGAGAAUUUGUGAUCAAAGACCCCGACGAGGUGGCGAGGCUGUGGGGCAUUCGGAAGUGCAAGCCGCACAUGAACUAUGACAAGCUGAGCCGAGCACUGAGGUAUUACUACAACAAACGCAUUCUGCACAAAACCAAGGGCAAGCGCUUCACCUACAAGUUCAACUUCAGCAAGGUUGUGCUGGUGAACUACCCCCUGUUCGACAUGGCGAGCUCUCCCUUCCUAUUGGCCCAGAACCACUUCAACGGCAGCUCAGCCGCACCAGACUGCAGUCCUGUCACCCCUGAGGCGCUGCAGUCGCUGUUCCCCCGCCUGCCAGAGGCCAGCCGCGGCAGCGCUCUGUUUGACCGCGCCGGAGGCGUCCCGGGACCGGAGGGGGACAAGCUGCGACUGGACGCCUUCCCUUUCCUCGGCUCAGGGGCGCCUUGUUACUCCAAACCUCCAUCCCUGUUGGGCCCUUACCCCCGUAACCCCCCUUUCGACUACCCGUGGGGCUUUAACCCCUACCUCCCAGGGGCCUUCUCACUCAACAACUGCCCUAAACUGCCCCCUGGCUCGCUCUACCCCUCCCACUUCUACCCCAACCCGCUGCAGACCAGCCUGUCCCAGCUGCCCCACCCUUUCUCCUCCCUCCUGCCCCCGGGUGACGCGGAGGCGGCAGACAGGGGCGGGGCCCAGUCCGGAGGGACCAAUGGCGCGGUGGGAGGGCCGCCUCCGAGACUGUGCAUCCCGCCCUACCCCGGGAUAGGCCGGACGGAGCCGGGGAGUGGGGGCGGCACCCCUGGGGAGAGGGAGCGAGGCGAGGCCACCGUCCCUGGGUCUGUAGGGGGCUUGGGGCUCAGCCUCGGCUUGGGGCUGGGAGGGGUCAGCUUGGGAGGGGUGGUGGGGGGUGGACGGCAGAGCCCGUCGGAGCGGCGCGUAGUAGGCGGAGGCGGCGGCGGCGGCGUCAAGCAGGACCCGGAGUCUGACUCGGACCUGGAGAUCACGGACCUGAGCGACUGCAGCUCGGACAACGAGACGGACUUCGGCCUGGUCAAGAGCCCGCGGCUGGACGUGCGUCCACAGGGCCUCAACCUGAAGGCCGGAGGUGUCGCCAGCGCCCUGCCACCCCUGUCCUCCCUGCCCCCACCUGCUUCCCCCCACCCCCUGAAGAGUCUGGUGCCCCUCACACCUGCACCGCCCUCCCUCCCCUCGAGCCUGGCCCCAUCGCUGCCCCUGUCCCUCUCUCCAUCACUCACGCUGGUCGAGCGCCACAGAGAGACAGAGACUCUCAAACUGACCCACAGUUAAUGGAUUGUCCUCAUGAUACUCUUGCCGUCUCCUAUAUACACCCCCUCCUCUCUUUCUCUCAUUUCUUUAUUUCCUUCCUUUAUUACUUGCUUGCUUCCUUUUCACUUAAAAAGCAUCUUUGGUUGACAUAUCUGAUUUUAGCUGGCACUCCCUUCUACUAUUCCUUCAGAGUUGCUUUCGCUCUCUUUUUCUCUGUGCAGUCCUGUGUCAUGUCUUCAUUUGUUCUUUCAGUUAAGAUUUUUUUCUUCUUUUCACUACCCAUGAAAAAUAACAAAACCAAUAUUGGAUCCUGUGGUAGUCCCAUAUGUAGCAGGCACUCAGAGCACCUUGAAUAAACCUAUAAAGUGAAGCGGCAAAGGUUUGGUUGUGGAGACAUUGCCUUGAGACAUUUUAAAUGUGAAUGCAUUUUAUGAAAUGCAGUCAGCCCGUGGAAACCAUUUGGAAAGCCAUGCAGUGGCAUUGUACAUUGCACAGAGAAACCACAACAACUCUUGCUUCUAGCUUUUUCAAUGAGGUUACAGAGAAUUUGGAUAAAGGAAACCGCACAAGAAGCAGACAAUUUGCUGUCUUGGUGAAUGUAUUGUUUCCGAGCACUGCUGUAUAACCCAUGCCCAGCAGUGUGAGAAAAGAUGCAAUAACAACCACAAGAAAAGUAGUAUUAAAUUGAUAGUGCUAUAUCGCUGCAAUAAGAAAUUUGUGUGUAGUGUAUGUUUUUUUUAUCAGGCAGUUUGGUGUUUUGACACACUGUCAAACAUUGCCACCUAGUGGUGCAUUAUAGUUCCUGAACAAGAGAGAGGAUACAGGAACUCUGGUUGAGCCAGGUCACCUUCUUAUAUUUCAUAUCCCUCAUUUUGAGACUAUUUUCUGUUCUUACAUUUGCUGUAAUUGAUGAAUUACAUUUGGAUGUUUCCUGGAUGUCAAUUAUUUCAUUUAAAUGGACAUUUUGUCAUGCACCAUUUUUAAGUCUACCUUGCAUUGUAUGUGAACCAGUCUGUGAGUAGUUUUGUCUUGAUAAUUGGCACAGAAAUGGGGAGAAACAGAGAGUGUACAAGUAUCUCAGAAUUUGUAUCUAUAUUUCAAUGUAUAUAUUUUAAUAUUGUGUACAUUGCAUUUAAUUAUUAUGUCUAUUAUAACAAAUAGGUGUAUUGAUGUGAGUUCUGUAUUUACAUAAAAAAAAACAAU